AUGCAGAAUGAAGCAUCACUUGUAAUAAAUAUUGUCGACGGUUUCUUGAAAAGAUUAGACUAUGACUCCUCUGUAUUUUACACUAAGAACCUAGUUGGACUAGAUUCAUCGAUCGAGAAAACUGAAAAUUUAUUAUGUACAGAGGGUGUACGCACGGUAGGCAUUUGGGGCAUUGGAGGCAUAGGUAAAACUACUCUUGCGAAAGCUAUAUUUAACAAAAUCUCUAGACAGUUUGAAGCUUUUUACUUCAUUGAAAAUAUUAGAGAAGAAUCAGAGAAAAGUGGGGGACUAAAUGGCAUGCACCAAAAGCUCAGUCAUGCACUUUUAGGGGAUAUACAUCCCAAUAUUGGAUUCAUCUUCCCAAGAGAAAGGCUUAACCGCAAGAAAGUUCUCAUUGUGUUUGAUGAUGGAAGUACUACAAUUCGAAGUAUACGGUUGGAUAUGACUAAAGUAGGAGAGUUGCAUUUAAAUCCCAAAACAUUCAACAACAUGCGAAACCUAAGAUUCUUGGAAUUUUAUGGGUUCGAGCCUGAAGAGAAGGUGACUAAAUCUGACUCCUCUGUAUUGCGCCUUAACUUAAGAUUCUUGAAAAAUAAUAGCUCCAAUGAUGCAAAGAAGGUGCAUGGUUUUGAGGUCCUUAAAUACGAUUUCGGUGAGCUAAGCAAAGUUGAAAAACUUUGGACUGGUAAUCAGAAACUUGUUAAUUUGAAACAUAUUGACCUCAGUCACGCUAAACAUCUAUGUCGAAUGCCAAAUUUUUCACUUAUCCCAAAUCUGGAGAGCUUGAUUUUGAAAGGUUGUACAAAACUUAAGAGUUUCUCAUCUAUCCAUAAUCUUUAUAAACUUGUUAUCCUGAAUCUACAAGGUUGCAAAGGCUUAAAAAUUUUUUCAAUCAGUGUUCAUUGGAGAUCUCUACGGCACAUUUAUCUCUCCGAUUGCUCAAAUCUCAAAACAGUUUCAUAUCUUCCUUGUACAGUUGAGAUAUUAUAUCUAGAUGGAACUGCUAUAAAAGAAUUGCUAUCAAUAGAGCAUCUACUUAGACUAGAAGUGUUGUAUCUUAGAAAUUGUUCAAGACUUGAGAAGUUACCUGAGAGUAUUCGUGAGUUAAAAUCUCUUAUACGUCUUAAUCUCUCGGGUUGUACCAAACUUGACAGAUUGCCGAAUGACAUAGAAAAUUUAACGGGUUUGUGGAGACUUGACAUGAUGGAAGUUGCUUUAGCAGAAAUACCCAACAAUAUUGGUCAAUUACUCUCAUUGAAACAUUUGUUUCUUGACCAAAACAAUUUUGAGAGGCUACCAGUGAGCAUCAAAAACCUCUCUAAGUUGGAAUGGCUUUCUUUAAACAAUUGUCAAAGACUUAAAUCCUUACCAGAGCUUCCGGUCAACUUCGUAUGUUUAGAAGCAAAUAAUUGCACGUCUCUUGAAUCAAUAUCAAGUCUACCGGCUUCAUUCCUAAGUUUUCGACGUUUUUGGGAGACAAUUGGCUUCAUCAAUUGUUCCAAAAUAAAUUUAGAUCUGGCAGACAAUCUUCAUUUUAUUAAGAGAAAAUUAGAUGUGUGGGGUCGCUCAAAGAUAUCAAAGGAACAACGGUGCCUACUUGGCCAAGUUCUUACAUAUGCUAUGUUGGAAGUGAAAUUCCAAACUGGUUUGACUUUAAAGUAA